AUGACACCCGUACAUUUCAGCUUUAGCUCAGCAUUCAUUUUAGGUCUAAUGGGACUAGCAUUCCACCGAACCCACCUACUCUCCGCGCUACUAUGCUUAGAAGGAAUAAUACUGUCCCUAUUCAUUGCACUAGCCCUAUGAGCAUUACAAUUUGAAUCCACAGGAUUCUCAACAGCCCCUAUACUACUACUGGCCUUUUCUGCUUGUGAAGCUAGCACCGGCUUAGCACUUUUAGUUGCUACCGCUCGCACUCACGGAACCGACCGGCUACAAAACCUUAAUCUCCUACAAUGCUAA